GUAGUUGAAGAUGCAGAGAGAGACUUGUACUAUAUUUGGGAUUAGGGAUUCAGGCAAUGGAUUCACCUGAAACUGCUAAAAUCACCUCCUCCCAUGGCUUAGAUUCUCCACCCGUUCAAGACUCCCCUGUUUUCAAUUUCAUAAGCAACCUAUCACCAAUAAAGCUCGUGAAGAGUAGUGCACACGCGGUACAAGUGUUAUCUGGACUUAGUUCUCCUCCUAUUGUGUUCAAAACACCACGUACAAAACAACCCAGUGAGACAAAUGUCUUGAAAAGGUCCCAAUCCCUGCAAUUGUCUAUUGCUGAAGCACCUCAAAAUAUCAACAGAGGCAAGGACGGUGUUGAUGGCUCGGUUGAUUCUGAGCAGUUCGUAACUGUAUGUCAAAAUGGAUUGAUUGCUGAUACCCAGAAGGAUUGUAAUGUGGAUGAGUUUUUCGAAACUCAUCCUUCCAGCUCAUCAGGAUGUGUUGAUGAAUUCUUGGCUGACCCUGGAGGGGCAGAUUGGGGGAAUUCUGUUUAUUCAGAUACUCCAGGUUCGAAAAAUCCUAAUAAUGCAUCCAAAUUCUCCCAAGGUUGUUCGAAGGAAACUAUGCUAGAGCUUGAUGACAGAAAUGGUGUUGGGAGGGAUGUGGGAACGGGGCAAGCUGAAACAGACAUCCAUGGAGAGCCAAAAGUUGAUGCUAAAUCAGUUGGAAUCGUAGAGAAGGAAAGGGAUGGCGAGUGGUCAUCUUAUGAGUGUCUAAAUAUCAAGACCAAUUUGCACGUAGGCCCUGUAGAAGAUUGUCAAAAUUCACCAGCUCAGGUUCAGGGUAUAGAACGUGGGCAUCAGAAUGAUUUUGAGGGUACUUCCCAACCUUCAGCAGAACCAUUUCAUGUUCAGAUAUGCGAAGAUCAUCGUGAGCAUGUUGGCGAGUACUCAGAUGGAUUGGGUGAAAACAUUAUGCUUCAUGGUCACCAGGGCAUUGAAAACCAACGUGGCAUGCUUAGACGUUGUCUGCAGUUUGAAGAAGCUCCUCCGCGUACUACUGGAUACAGUGACAGUCCUCUGAAUCUUGCAAAUACUGUUAAGAGUUUAAAACUAUCCACCUCUGGUCAUGUGGAAUUAAAAGAAACUAGUGAGAGACUCAUGGUUAACUCGCUCCAAUCCGCUGCUCCCUCACUGCAUCCUCGAUCUUCUGAAAAAUUUCCAAUGGUUUCUAAGCCAUUAGGUAUUGGCUUGCAUCUAAACAGCAUUAUUAAUGUUGCAUGCACUGCAACUGCAGGCGAAAAGUCCACAGAUCAUCACAUAUGCGUACGAGUAAUGAAGUCAGGCACGGCGAGCAAUAAUUUGGUGGGGAACACAAAGAGUUGCCCAAUGAAAUUACGUGCAGUUGAGAAAGAUUCAGCUAGUGAUGAAGAGAUAAUAUCCGUAACUAAAGCUUCAAUUGUUCCAAGUUCUGUCACUAAUGAGUUUCAUCAUACUGCGGAAGAUCAUGAUGCUGCUCCAGAUGAGAAUGGGAAAUCCAACUCUCACAAUGCUGACAAUUUUGAGGAACAUGACCAGCCAAGCCCCAGAAAGAAAAGGAAGAAAACAAGCACCGGUGGUGGUGAUGGGUGCAACCGUUGCAAUUGUAAGAAAACCAAAUGCUUGAAACUUUAUUGUGAUUGUUUUGCUGCUGGAAUCUACUGCUCGGAUCCUUGUUCUUGUCAAGGAUGCUUUAACAGACCUGAAUAUGAAAAGACUGUUAUCGAGACAAGAGAACAGAUUGAAUCACGUAAUCCCCUCGCAUUUGCUCCUAAGAUUGUACAACGCAUCCCUGAGCUUCCACCAAAUCAUGGGGAAGAUGGAUAUCGGUCAACACCAUCCUCGGCAAGACAUAAGAAGGGUUGUAAUUGCAAAAAGUCAAUGUGCCUAAAAAAAUAUUGUGAAUGCUAUCAGGCAAAUGUUGGGUGCUCCAGUGGGUGUCGUUGUGAGGGAUGUAAAAAUGUUUAUGGCAGAAAGGAAGAAUAUGCUGCAAUGGAGCAUGGGGUAACAAGAGAAAUGGUGGGCAACAGAAAAUUGGAAAGCACAUUUGAUAAGGAGUUGGAGAUCGUAGGAACCAAAAGAGAUCUUUUAUGUACUGAAUCAAUUAACCCGCACAACCUAACACCAUUGACACCAUCAUUCCAGUACUCAGACCAUGGAAAGGAUGCACCAAAAUCCCGGUUUAUUUCUAGAAGGUACCUUCCGUCACCUGAUUCUGCCAUUUUAUCAUCUAAUGAAAAAACAAAAUCUCCUCCGAGAGAUUUGGAGAAGAGUGACGUUCUUUUGGAAGUAAGUGAAGAAUUACCAGAUGAGGGUUCUUAUGAAUGGCAAGUGGAUUAUAACGUGGGAAUAGCAGACUCAUCUUCAUCGAGAAAUGAUUCAGUCCCCAGUGUGCCACAUCUCACUCAACACCCAGAUACUUCAGUGCCAAUGGCUUCUGCAACUUCAUUUAGAAGGGACUACAGAAAUCUUUCACAAAACCAACUCUGCCCUGGAAGUGCCCGUCUCUUGUCAAAUUCCAUGCGUAGGCACGGUUCACCGCUUGCUCCAAUGACUAGGUUGUGUGAGGCAACAAAGUCUCGACAAGGGCUUGAUUCUGGCAGUGUGCAACUUGUUGACAUUUUGGAAGAUGAAACGCCUGUAAAAGUAAGUUCUCCAAAUAAGAAGCGGGUUUCUCCACCUCACAGCCACAUUUUCGAGCUCGGUUCAGGCUCUUCAGGGAAACUGAAAAGUGGGCGCAAGUUUAUAUUAAAGUCCGUGCCUUCCUUUCCUCCUCUUACUCCUUGCAUUGAUUCCAAAGGAAGUACUUCUGAGAACACACACAAGCUUCAAGGUGAUAGUGUCAAAAGCCAAAAUGUUACCGUCAAUCCUUGAUUCUGAUGUGAGUUCCUUGUCAUUUUUCAAACCUCUGUUUAUCAUUUGUAUUAUUCAUAAUGAUAACUCUUAACAGACAAUUGUCUGGUUUCAGCAUCCUUUUCACUGAGGGACUUUCACUUUCAGCAACCAUUAUCGUGUACAUUAAAUAAAACUUGUUACAGCUAUGGACGUCUUUGAGGAUCUUCUAAUACUCAUGUGUAUGUGUAUGCCACCAACCUACACGUGUGUAUGAAGAUAAAAUUCCAUAAACAUGUUGACAAUUUGUUAUUUCUGUUAAAUAGGUCUCGAGGGGCCACACGUGCGAAAAUCAUCUCAGAAAAUUGGAAAAGCUACAAUGUUCCUGCAUCUUUUCUAGUCACAUUCUAGUUUAUAGUUCCUAGUUUUAUUGUUGGUUUUUCUUAUUGAAAAAUUUCAAUUAAAUUGAAUGUCAGAUUUCCCUAUCCCUAGUUGCGAGGACAACUAAUAUUGCCUCAACUUACUCGGCAGAAAAUAAGAAAUUUUGAUAUAUCUAAAUGCAUAU